GAUAGGAAAUCAAAGGGAUGGGAAAUCUUCCCUGGGUUUGAAAUCAUUGGGAAGCAAAAGCAUUGGGAUGGGAAAUCACUCCCGGGAUGGGAAAGUAUUGGGAUGGGAAGUGUUUAAUGGGGCGGGUAACAUUCACUGGGCAAGGAAGUACUUGGAAAAGUAAUCAGAGAGAUGGGAAUUCUUUGGGAUGAGAUCUCUUUGGAUUAAGAAACGCUUCGUGUCGAUGGGAAAUAUCUCGUAUGGGACUCUGUUAUCAUGUGAAAUUGUAAGGAUGGGAAAUGACCGUUAGGAUGAAAAGCUGGUACUGGGACGGGAAACGCUUGGGACGGGAAAGUGUUGGUGUGAAACCGUCCUGGGCAUGGCAAAUGAUGCGUGGGAGGGAAAGCCUGAUGGGGAUGGAAAAGUCUUGCGAUGGGAAGCCUGCUUGGGUCCAAAGCCUGCAGUCCUCACCAAGAUGGCGGCCAGGGGCUGGUCAGCCGUUGGGACGGAACCCCCGUUGCCCGGGCUCCCCAACCGACCGCCCCACUCUCCAGCCACCAUGGCAGAGGGUUUCCCCAGACGGCUUCCGCGGUUUCCGCAGACGCAAAACUCCCCCUUCGUCGUCCCAGCCGUGCCGCCAACGGUGGCUGCCUGGCUGCUGCCCUCCCUCCCCGGAGCGACGGCGCUGCCCUUGCAGCCCCCCCAGGUACCCACCCUCCCCUACGCGCUGCCCCAGGCCACCGUCUGGCACGUGGUGCCGGGGGUCCAGGGCCAGGUGCUGCAGCUCCCCGCCGGGGUGCAGCUGCCAGCUGGGGGGCACCUCCCACCCGAGGGGCACCACCUGCAGCUUGGGCAGCUCCCCGCCGUGGGGCAGCUCCCUGCUGUGGGGCAGCUCCCCCACACCGCUCCUCCGUGUGCCCCCGUCUACCAGUGGGGACAGCCCGUGGUGACGGGGACGGUGCUGCCCCAGGAUCCCCUCUGGUUGGGGCCCGGGGCCGUGCUCCAUGGGGAGCUCCUGCACCCCGCAGGCACCUGCCUGCUGCAGGCCCCUGCCCACCCCGGCCCCCCACCACUCCUCGUCCCGGGGCCUCCGCUGCGGGGGCAGGCGCUCCCCGCGCCCCGCACCCUGACCAGCAGCCGGGGGCAGCUGCCGGAGCCCUGCGACCACGCCGUGGGGCUCAGCGAGGACCAGGGGCCCCCGCUGCCCGGCCCCACUCCCCCCGAGCCUGCCCAGGCUCCAACGACCGCCAGCACCCAGACGGUGACGCCCGACGCGGCGACAGUUGCAGAGGUGCCUGAGGAGCCCCUGGAGCUGCUUGAGCUGGGCCCCGAUGCCUUCGCCGAGGCCUUUCCCCACCUGGCAGGGGACAGCCAGCAGCUGCAGCACCUGCAGGACCAGCUCCCGGCCGACCUGGACAUCUCCGGCUUGGAGGAGCUGCUCAGCUGGCUCGAUGCCGUGGAGCCCCAGGACGCCUUCCCCGGUGUCCCCAGCAGUCCUGUGCUCGGCCGCUUCCUCUCUGAGCUGCCCGACCUCUCCGAGGACAUCGAGGAGCCGAGCGCACAGGGACUGGCAGCCACCAGAGCGCUGGGUGAGGUACCCUCAACCCCUGGGGUGCACCCCGAGAAGGUGCAGGGUGGGCGGUCGGUGCAGCCCCCUGCUGUGCCGGCAGUGAGCUCCCCCCUCAAGCCUGCAGCCAGUCCCCAGCUCAGUGCCCUCAGGAGACCCCUGCCCAACCCUCCCUUCACUCUCCCCAAAAGGCCCCCCCCACCCUGAAUUCCUCACUGCCCUUAGCAGACCCCUGCCCAACCCUCCCUCGCGUCCCCUCAAGAGACCCCCCGACCCUGAAUUCCUCACUGCCCUUAGGAGACCCCUGCCCAAUCCCCCUCUGAGUCCCCUCAAGAGCCCCCCCGACCCUGAAUUCCUCACUGCCCUUAGGAGACCCCUGCCCAAUCCCCCUCUGAGUCCCGUCAAGAGCCCCGCCGACCCUGAAUUUAUUAGAGCCCUUAGGAGACCCCUGCCCAAUCCCCCUCUGAGGCCCCUCAAGAGCCCCCCGCCUGCCCCUGCGCCCACCGGCACCAAGUGGGGGGCCAAGCGCCCCGCGCCCACCAGCACCCCCAGCCAAGCAGGCAGCGGCAGGCAGCAGCCGGCGAGCGACAGCACCAGGGCGCCCGGCAAGAGAGCCCGAAGCCCGGGGGCUGCUGGGGGGCAAGGAGCAGCGGCACCGCCUCCCCGGAGAACGCAGCUGCUGCUGGAGCCCCCCCCCAUUAAGCCCCGUGCCCGUGCCCGUGCCGUGCGGGCCCAGGACAGGCUCCGUCCCCAAGCCAUCGGGGACAAGACGCUGCAGCGCCAGCACCCGGGGCCAAAGACCCCCAGCGAGACUUUGCAGCCGCUGGGGGCCAGGGCGAAGGCGCUGGGGCCAGUGCGCCAGCCGCCCUGUGUGCAGCCGCAGCCCACCUCCAGCGGCCCCAGCAGCAUGCCCAGGGCCCCGCCGACGGUGCCAGGCUCCGGCGCUGUGCCCGCUGCCCCCCGGCCCCCAGCUGGCGACAGGGCCCAGGCGGUGCCGGCACCACCAGGCAGCGCGGCGCGAGCGUGGAGAGCUCCCCUGCAGCAGGCGCCCAGAGCCCCGUGCCUGCCAGCCGCGGGGGGCCAAGCGCAGCGGGAGGCUCUGCCCACGCAGCCGCGCACGCUGCAGCGUCCGGCGCAGCCCCGCGUGGACUACGUGCCCUGCGUGCGGCCCUGGGCGGGCAGCGGCGCGGCGCCCACGCCGCUGGAGGAGCAGGAGUCGUCGGCGCCCAUCACGCCGCAGCAGCGUCCCGAGCGGGAGCGCCUGAAGAAGCUGGCCCAGGAGGAGCGGCAGCGGGCGGCCCACCAGACGAAGAUCGGCCCCGUGCAAUUCUUCGAGCAGCGGCAGAAGGACCACGCCAUAGCCAAGUAUUACGGCUACCCGUGAGCCUGCGCUCCUCGACGGCCCCCGCAGCACCCAGGCCCGCUCAGCAUGCAGGCACAGAGACCUCUGCAGGCGCCUGCUCCAGCUUCAGACACGCUCCUCAGCCCUUGCCCCUCUCGCUCGCCCUCUCCCUUCUCCAGUGCUGGAGCUAGGCAGUGUUUGCCACUGUCAGGGAUGGGCAACUGGGGCAAUGGGAAAUGCGCGGGUCACGAAUGAACGUUGCAAUGGGAAGCUGUUGGGAUGUUGGCAAUAGCUGGGGUGGGAAAGGUUGGGCAUGGGAACUGCUUGUUGGGACACCAAAUGGCUGAGAUCCAAAACUUAUUUCUUCUUUCGGGUCAUUUCUCUUAUUUAGUGCCUUCCUUAUUAAAUUCCUCUAGUGUAGGUGUUCACUCAGCAAGGCCUGUGCCUGCAGCUGUUCUUGCACUGGGAUGCCGAGGGGAUUUCAUGCAGCCCGCUCCCGCUGCCCAUGCUCAGUCCGUGCAUGGAUGUGGGCAUGGCCAGCACGGACGGGAGAAAAUGGGUGGACGGCUGGGUGGAUGGGAGGGUGAUGGGAGCUGGGAAUUCAGCCUUGGGAUCAGAAACGGGAGGUUGUUGGGAUAGGAAAUGAUCAGGGGGAUGGGAAGUCAUGAUGGGGAUAGGAAUUCAUUAGAAUGGGAAAAAUUGGUUUUAUUUUUAUUUCAUUAAAUUUACUUUAUUGACUGGGUUGUACAGGAUGGCAUUUCUUUAGUUUCUCUUCCUUUUCUACCCUAUUAAACUCUCUUUAUCACAACGCA